UGCCGCUGCCGCCGCCAGCCGACCACGGUGCCUGUUGCUGCCGCCGCCGCCGCCGUGGGACCCGCGGGGUCUCCGCCCGGAGGACGAGGAGAGGCGGGAGCCAGCGGAGCGGUGCAGCGCCGGGAGGCGGGAAGACAGCGUAGCCGCCGCGCACCACGGAUGCCCCGCUCGCCCGGCGCUCCCCAGGAUGCCCCCGAGCUCCUGCGCGCCCGGCCCGGGCCCGGGGCUCUGAGCGCGAGCACCCCCAGUACAGGAUUCUGCAUCAAAAGCGUGUAGAAUAGAUUGUUCGUUUGGAUUGUUCAGCUGGUCGACACUACGAAUCCAGCAGCAAGGGUUUGCUGAGUCUCCAUUCCUUUUCCAAGAUGGAGCCCAUAACAUUCACAGCAAGGAAGCACGCAUUUCCUAAUGAGGUCUCGGUGGACUUCGGCCUUCAGCUGGUAGGCUCUUUGCCUGUGCAUUCUCUCACCACCAUGCCCAUGCUGCCAUGGGUGGUGGCUGAGGUGCGAAGACUUAGUGGACAGGCCUCCAAAAAAGAGCCUGUCACUAAGCAAGUGCGACUUUGGGUUUCACCCUCUGGACUGAAAUGUGAACCUGACCCAGGGAGAAGUCAACAAUGGGACCCACUGAUCUGCUCCAGCAUCUUUGAGUGCAAGCCUCAGCGUGUGCACAAACUGAUUCAUAAUAGUCACGACCCCAGUUAUUUUGCUUGUCUCAUUAAGGAAGAUUCUGCGCACCGGCAGAGUAUCUGCUAUGUCUUCAAAGCCGACGAUCAGACUAAAGUGCCUGAGAUCAUCAGCUCCAUCCGACAGGCCGGCAAGAUCGCCCGCCAGGAGGAGCUGCGCUGCCCCUCGGAGUUCGACGACACCUUUGCCAAGAAGUUCGAGGUGCUCUUCUGCGGCCGUGUGACCGUGGCCCACAAGAAGGCCCCGCCAGCCCUGAUCGACGAGUGCAUCGAGAAGUUCAACCACGUGAGCUGCAGCCGGAGGGCAGACUGGGAUGCGGCCGCCCCUUCUGGGGAGCCGGGGCCCGGGGAGCCCCGCAGGCCCAUGCGCAAGUCCUUCUCGCAGCCGGGCCUGCGCUCCCUGGCCUUCCGGAAGGAGUUCCAGGACGCCAGCCGGCGGAGCAGCAGCUUCUUCAGCUCCUUCGAGGAAUGCGACAUCGAGAACCACCUCAUUAGUGGACACAAUAUUGUGCAGCCAACAGAUAUUGAGGAAAAUCGAACUAUGCUCUUCACGAUUGGCCAGUCUGAAGUUUACCUCAUCAGUCCAGACACCAAAAAAAUAGCAUUGGAGAAAAAUUUUAAGGAGAUAUCCUUUUGCUCUCAGGGUAUCAGACAUGUGGACCAUUUUGGGUUUAUCUGCCGGGAGUCUUCUGGUGGCGGUGGCUUUCAUUUCGUCUGUUACGUGUUCCAGUGUGCAAAUGAAGCGCUGGUUGACGAAAUCAUGAUGACUCUGAAGCAGGCUUUCACAGUGGCUGCGGUGCAGCAGACAGCAAAGGCACCAGCCCAGCUGUGUGAGGGCUGCCCUCUGCAAGGCCUGCACAAGCUCUGUGAGCGGAUCGAGGGAAUGAAUUCCUCUAAAACCAAAUUAGAACUUCAGAAGCACCUGACAACACUGACAAAUCAGGAACAGGCCACUAUUUUCGAGGAGGUUCAGAAAUUGAGACCAAGAAAUGAGCAGCGAGAGAAUGAAUUAAUUAUUUCUUUUCUGAGAUGUUUAUAUGAAGAAAAACAAAAAGAACACAUCCACAUUGGAGAGAUGAAACAGAUUGCAGCAGAGAAUAUUGGAAGUGAAUUACCACCCAGUGCCACUCGGUUUAGGCUAGAUAUGCUGAAAAACAAAGCAAAGCGAUCUUUAACAGAAUCUUUAGAAAGUAUUUUAUCCCGGGGCAAUAAGGCCAGAGGCCUGCAGGAACAUUCCUCCAGCGUGGAUCUGGACAGCUCCAUGUCUAGCACAUUAAGUAACACUAGCAAGGAGCCAUCCAUGGGUGACAGGGAUGCCAUGCCUAAUUCUGAGAGCUCCUUCAAGCUCCUCAGCUCCUCGGAUGACCUGUCCAGUGACUCGGAGAGCCACCUCCCAGAAGAGCCUCCUGCCCUGCUGUCACCCCAGCAGGCCUUCCGAAGACGAGCGAAUACCCUGAGCCAUUUCCCAGUGGAGGGCCCGGAGUCUUCGGAGCCUGUGCAGGGAUCUCCAGGAGUCUCUCAAAGAAAACUUUUGAGGUAUCACUCCGUGAGCACAGAGACACCUCAUGAACGAAACAUCUCCUACCGUAAUGCCCUGCGGAAAAAACUUCAUUCUUCUUCCUCUGUGCCAAAUUUUCUAAAAUUUCUGGCUCCUGUAGAUGAAAAUAACACCUCUGACUUUAUGAACACAAAAAGGGACUAUGAAUCCAAAGCGAACAACUUUGGUGACUCGGACACGACCCCUGUGAAGACCCGGCGGCAUUCAUGGCGCCAGCAGAUCUUCCUCCGCGUGGCCACACCACAGAAGGCCUGUGAUUCCCCCAGCAGAUAUGAUGAUUAUUCGGAGCUGGGAGAACUUCCCCCACGGUCUCCUUUAGAACCAGUAUGUGAAGAUGGACCAUUUGGCCCUGUACCAGAGGAAAAAAAAAGGACGUCACGUGAACUGCGGGAGCUCUGGAAAAAGGCUAUUCUGCAACAGAUACUCCUCCUAAGGAUGGAGAAAGAAAAUCAGAAGCUACAAGCCUCUGAGAAUGAUUUGCAAAAUAAGCGCCUAAAGCUUGAUUAUGAAGAAAUCACUCCUUGCCUAAAAGAAGUAACUACCAUAUGGGAAAAGAUGCUUAGCACUCCAGGAAGAUCAAAAAUUAAGUUUGACAUGGAAAAAAUGCACUCAGCUGUUGGGCAAGGUGUGCCACGUCAUCACCGUGGUGAAAUCUGGAAAUUUCUAGCUGAGCAGUUCCACCUUAAACACCCAUUUCCCAGUAAACAGCAGCCAAAGGAUGUGCCCUACAAAGAACUCUUAAAACAGCUCACCUCCCAGCAGCAUGCGAUUCUCAUCGACCUGGGGCGAACCUUUCCAACACAUCCAUACUUCUCUGCCCAGCUUGGAGCAGGGCAGCUGUCGCUUUACAACAUUCUGAAGGCCUACUCACUUCUGGACCAGGAAGUAGGAUACUGCCAAGGUCUCAGCUUUGUGGCUGGCAUUUUGCUUCUCCAUAUGAGUGAGGAAGAGGCAUUUAAAAUGCUCAAGUUUCUGAUGUUUGACAUGGGACUGCGAAAACAGUAUCGGCCAGACAUGAUAAUUUUACAGAUCCAGAUGUACCAGCUCUCAAGGCUUCUUCAUGAUUACCACAGAGACCUCUACAAUCACCUGGAGGAGCACGAGAUCGGCCCCAGCCUCUAUGCUGCACCCUGGUUUCUCACUGUAUUUGCCUCGCAGUUCCCACUGGGAUUUGUAGCCAGAGUCUUUGAUAUGAUCUUCCUUCAGGGAUCAGAAGUCAUAUUUAAAGUGGCUUUAAGUCUUCUGGGUAGCCAUAAGCCCUUGAUUCUACAGCAUGAAAACCUAGAGACCAUAGUGGACUUUAUAAAAAACACACUACCCAACCUGGGCUUGGUACAAAUGGAGAAGACCAUCAACCAGGUGUUUGAGAUGGAUAUUGCUAAACAGUUACAAGCUUAUGAGGUUGAGUACCAUGUGCUUCAAGAAGAACUUAUUGAUUCCUCUCCUCUCAGUGACAACCAAAGAAUGGAUAAAUUAGAGAAAACCAACAGCAGCUUACGCAAACAGAACCUUGACCUCCUAGAACAAUUGCAGGUGGCAAAUAGCAGAAUCCAAAGCCUUGAGGCCACAAUAGAGAAGCUGCUGAGCAAUGAAAGCAAGCUGAAGCAGGCCACGCUGGCUUUGGAGCUGGAGCGGUCUGCGCUGCUGCAGAUGGUAGAGGAGCUGCGGAGGCCGCCUGCCCAGGCCAGCGAGGGCCCUGGAGCCUGACUGCACCCAGCCCAGAUCUGGAAAGAGACUACACACCAUCCCACCACUGUCCAGGCCUUAACCCAGACAGACACAUGCUGGAGGCAGACAAUGGGAAAGCGAAUUUCUCAGGGAGGAAACUAGUUCACCAAUGUGCAAAUUCUUUUGAGCUCACACUUGCAAUUCAGAGGACAAAUGUCCCAGAGCUUUUAUUAUUGUUGUUGUUUUAGGUUAUGACUCGUCCCUUCUCACAAUCCUGAUUACCGUUCUAGUAGCUUUAGAUGGCAUGGACAUGAAUAAAGGCACCUUUAUGUUUC